UACUGCUUCUCAUGCAACUCACAUUUUCCAGAAUGCUAUGUUGUUUUUAAUGUGAUAUCCUAAUACUCAACAUGAAAGCAGGGGAAAUUGUUCUGAUAUGCUUACUCUUUGCUGCGCUGUUAGUAGCAUUUGCUAUUUUGGCAUUUCUACUUCUCAAGGAUAGAAGAAGGCAACGGACGCGGAUAGCGGCGCCAACGCAAAACGUUGCCAAGAAAGAACAGACAGUGACGAAUGGCGACUUGCGAGAAAUACGAAACGAUGACGUUUACGAGGAAGUAUAUUAACACAACUCCUUUAUCACGAUUUACUAUCAGAUUUCCUUUUGAAUGAACAAAAACUACCUAGUUGAAUUUGCUUCAAUUCUACUUUCUUCGUCAGCAGAAAUCCAAAACAUGAUUC